AUGGUCAAGUCGGUGCAAGAGAAAGCGCCAAGUCCGGCAACGGCGACUGUGCCCGCCGAUCAUGAGGUCGGCCAGGUGGUUGAGUAUGGGGAGCGCGACCACGGGGCAGACUCCGGUCUGGUUCGUGCCCUCGAGACACGCCAUCUGCUCAUGUUCUCCAUUGGCUCGUCCAUUGGCAUGGGUCUCUGGCUGGGCUCAGGCACCUCGCUCGCAUCCGGCGGUCCUGCAGCCAUCUUCCUGGGCUACUGGAUUGCAGGCUCCAUCGCAUGGCUGCUCAAUCAAGCUGUCGGAGAACUUGCCGUCCUCUAUCCGGUCCCCAGUGCGUUUCCCCAGUGGACUCUCAAAUUUGUCGACCGCGCACUGGCGCUCACCGUCGGUUGGUCAUAUUGGUUCUCCGGGUCCAUCACCCUCGCCAACGAACUGCAGGCCAUUGUGACUGUGCUGCAGUUCUGGGACCACAAAGUGCCCGUCGCCGCCUGGUUGUCCAUCUUCCUCGUCCUGAUCUUGCUCAUCAACAUCUGCGCCGUGCGUGUCUUUGGUGAAGCAGAGGCCGUCAUGUCCACAGUCAAGCUACUCUGGAUCGUCAUUGUCAUCAUCGCCGGCAUUGUCAUCAGUGCUGGUGGUGGACCGAACCACAAGACGACAGGCUUUGAAUACUGGAACUCGAUUCCCUUUACUCACGGGUUCAAGGGCUUUCUCUCAGUCAUGGGCACCUGUAUCUUCGCCAUGUCUGGUUCGGAGAUGGCCGGCCUUGUCGCAGCCGAAGCGCGCAACCCACUGAAGGCCGUCCCCCAGGCCGUCAACUCCAUCUGGAUCCGUCUUUCUCUGUUCUACAUCCUUGGUGCCUUGAUUGUCAGCAUCACCGUGUCACCGGAGAACCCAAACCUGUUUGGCGGCGCGGGUGUCAAUGCGUCUCCGUUUGUUAUUGCCUUUCGCGAUGCUGGUAUCCCAGGUCUCGCGCACGCUAUGAACGCAGUCAUUUUUAUCUCGGUAUUUUCCUGCGGCAACGCGCAAGCCUACGCGGCGACCCGAACUCUUGUCGGCCUGGCCGAGAUUGGAAUGGCCCCCUCAUUCUUCCAAAAGUGCGACAAGCAGGGCCGCCCCUGGUAUGCCGUCGGUGCAACGUUUCUCAUCGGCGGCGGACUCUGCUACCUGAACGUCAGUAACUCAGGCGCCACUGUCUUUGGCUGGUUCUCCAGUCUCACCUCGCUGUGCACCCUGUACGUGUGGGGGAUGGUCUUUGUCUGCCACAUUCGUCUCCGUGCGGCCUGGAAGGCUCAAGGCCGAUCCGUCAGCGAGCUUCCCUGGAAGACAUGGACCUGGCCGUGGGGUUCCAUCUACGGCCUUGGCUGGUGCAUCAUUCUCGUUGUCGUCGAGUUCUAUCUUGCCGUGUGGCCGCUUGGGGAGGCAAGUUCUGCCGAGACCUUCUUCGCGAAUUAUGUUUCGAUGGUGGCGAUCCUGGUUCUCUACAUACUCGCCAAGCUGUAUUAUCGCGGUCCGUUUUGGGUCACGGCCUCGAAUAUCGAUCUCGAUACUGGCCGACGAUAUUAUGUCGAGGAUAUUGAUGCGCUGAAGAAGAAAACGGUCAUGAACAAAGUGGUCGACUUUUUCACUGGCGAUGGAAGUGUCUAG